AUGUCGUUGCAACAAGAUAUGAAUGGUCUGCUGCACGCCAUACGUGCACAGAUUGCAACAUUAACUUCGCAACUUGCCGAGCUGCAGACAAACCCUCCUGCGGCAACCCCCUCGGUCGAGAAGAAAUUCAACAAGAAAGUCGAAGUCGUCACUGACCCUGGUGCCUUCGAGGGAGACAGAGCACGAUUCGCCGAGUGGUGGAUCAAGCUCCAGAUUUGGGUUAAGGAAAAUUGGGACGCAUUUGCCGACAAUUUUGAGGUAGCCACUGCGGUGCUAUGUCGGCUAAAAGGACCUGUGGCCAGUCAAUAUGCCCAAGUUAGACUCCAGGAAUGCUACACCGCGGGAGUGUGGCCGACCUGGGAGGAUCUCAAGAAGGAGAUCGAAAAAUACUUCAAACCACAAGCUGAGCGUGACUGGGCACGUCAGCAAAUCCGUUCCUUCAAACAAGGAAACAUGAGGACAGAUGAUUACGUUACCCGGUUCCUGGCCCUCUCCAUCCAAGGAGGGCUUGGUAAUGAACAUGCAGUAGAACUGCUGGAGCGCAAUAUGAACCCUCGCAUUGCAGAACAGAUCUACUUGCAGGAUACAAGAAACAAGAACUUGUCCCUGGCGGCUGAGGAAGCGCUCUGGGUCAUCAAACCAUCAAAAUCAUUCUCACGGGUUCAAGCUGUUCGGGCUGCAACCAGGGCAGGGAGCCCCCAUGGAUAUCGGCGCGGUCCAAGAGGGACAGAUGCGCAGAUUCAAGGGGAAUGCUACAAUUGCGGCCAAGAGGGACACAUGUCCCGAGACUGCAGAAAAGGAAUGCAGGCCGCUCAACUAAAAAAUAAUCAAGGGCGCCAGGCGCGCCAAUUAGAAUCUGAGAAACCGGACGAUCGGCUCCAGACUCUGGCCCGUUGUUCGUACAACAAAAUCCGGGCCUUCUUUUACGACCAGCAGGUUGCUGAAAUGAAGAUUCAGGGAAAAGAGUUCGGAGCUUAG